AUGGAUCGUUGUGAGAAACUUUCCGCCCUCCUUAAAUCGCUAUCGAUACGCUGCAAGCACAAACGAAACGCAUUAACAAACUCAUCGUUCAAGAGAUUCCCUAGAGAAUUGAUUGAACAGAUUGCUGACAGCUUAGAUGUCGCAUCGGCCGCACUAUUCUCCAUUUCGUGCAAAACAAUCUAUUUUAUCAUUGGACCUAAAUACAUCCUCAAUCUAACACGCCACGAGAACUUGUUAUUCCGAAGGAUAAUGGAAUAUGAUAUUAAGAAUUUGCCCUUGAAUGGUUGCUGCAAUACAUAUUGUGCUCUGCAACCCCGGGAUCUACAUCACCACAUCUGCUUCUUUGCCCCUUAUCACCGAGAUGAUUUUCCCUGGACUGUCGAAAGAGACGUGCCUUGGAAUGUUAUCCGCGAAGGUAGUGAAUCUGGUGGUUUCCAGAAGGAUCAGAUUACAUUCGUUAAGACAAUCGGUUCUACAUUAGUCCGCCAACGUAGGGUUUUCCAAGGAAAAUGUGGCGAAGUAAUACGACUACGUGUCGAUAUAUGUGCCCAUCUUCAAUGCUAUUCGAAUUCGAUGCAUAUCCGUCCCCGGGUUUGUCCAACGAGCCGGGAUCGAAUUAGAUACAUACGCCGCAAAUAUCCUGAGAGCUCAUGGGGGCUAUACUGGAAGAAAGUUGAAGAAGAGACAAGUGAGAUUGAACAUUGUGUUGAGUGCCGGACUGAAUUUUCAAUUCGUUUCGUUCACGUACGAGACUGUAUUCCAAAUCUACAUUGUCGCAUGGAACUCAAAAUCACUACCUGGAAAGAACUUGGGCGAAAGGUUGAUGAUAAGAUCUGGAGAGGACACUUCCCUGAGCCUCAAAAAUACGUCCCAAUUCCUAUCCCGCGAGUCAAAGCGACCAGAACAAGAAUCGCUAAUGCCUUCACUCCUUUGGCCGUUCUUAAUCUACUGCCAUUUGUAUAA